CGGCGCGGUGAACUCGGACAGUUCGCCUGUGGAGUUACCCCGCGAGCACCGGACUCUCCAAAGCCUCCCCCACCCGCGCGUUAAGAAGCCCUUCGCCGCUCCUUUCGUCAACUAAUUCCAAGAUGUCCAAAAAAUCCUUAAGCGAGGACGAGAAGUUCCUCUUCGUUGACAAGGACUUCAUCAACAGUCCUGUGGCACAAGCCGACUGGACCGCAAAGAAAUUGGUGUGGGUCCCGUCUGAGAAGCAUGGGUUCGAGGCUGCCAGCAUCAAGGAAGAGCAUGGAGAAGAAGUGCUGGUAGAGCUCGUGGACAAUGGUAAGAAGGCGACCGUUAACAAGGAUGACAUCCAGAAGAUGAACCCACCUAAGUUCAGCAAGGUGGAAGACAUGGCUGAGUUGACAUGCUUGAACGAGGCGUCCGUGCUGCACAACCUGCGGGAGCGGUACUUCUCUGGUCUCAUCUAUACCUACUCGGGCCUAUUCUGUGUGGUGGUGAACCCCUACAAGAUGCUUCCCAUUUAUUCUGAGAAGAUCAUUGAUAUGUACAAGGGGAAGAAGCGUCAUGAGGUUCCUCCUCACAUCUAUGCGAUCGCUGACAAUGCCUACAGGAACAUGUUGCAAGAUCGAGAGGACCAGUCAAUUCUCUGCACUGGAGAGUCUGGUGCUGGAAAAACAGAGAACACCAAGAAGGUCAUCCAGUACCUGGCAGUGGUGGCCUCCUCUCACAAAGGCAAGAAGGACUCCAACGUUCCACAAGGAGGAUCGCAGUUUGCCUACGGGGAGCUCGAGAAGCAGCUUUUGCAGGCCAACCCCAUUCUGGAGGCCUUCGGAAAUGCUAAGACCAUCAAGAAUGACAACUCCUCUCGCUUCGGUAAAUUCAUCCGCAUUAACUUUGAUGUGACAGGCUACAUUGUUGGAGCCAACAUCGAGACAUACUUGCUGGAAAAGUCUCGCUGUAUCAGACAGGCCAAGACGGAGAGGACCUUCCACAUAUUUUACUAUAUGGUGGCUGGGGCUAAGGACAAGCUGCGUGAGGACCUGCUGCUGGAGAACUUCAACAAGUACCGUUUCCUAGUGUCAGGACAUGUGCAGAUCCCAGGUCAGGAGGAUGAUGCCAUGUAUGAAGAGACCAUGGAGGCCAUGGAUAUCAUGGGAUUCACUCAGGAAGAGCGGGCAGACAUUUUAAAGGUAGUCUCUAGCGUGUUGCAGCUUGGGAACAUUGAAUUCAAGAAAGAGAGGAACCAAGAACAGGCAACCAUGCCAGAUAACACUGCGGCCCAGAAGGUUUGUCAUUUGCAAGGCAUCAAUGUGACAGAUUUUACCCGGGCCAUCCUCACGCCACGUAUUAAAGUGGGCCGAGAAGUGGUGCAAAAAGCACAGACUAAGGAACAGGCUGAUUUUGCUGUGGAGGCCCUUGCUAAGGCAAUGUACGAGCGCCUGUUCCGUUGGAUCCUGAUGCGUGUCAACAAGGCUCUGGAUAAAACAAAACGUCAAGGAGCCUCCUUUCUGGGCAUCUUGGAUAUCGCUGGCUUUGAGAUUUUUGAGGACAAUUCCUUUGAACAGCUCUGCAUCAAUUACACUAAUGAGAAGCUGCAGCAGCUCUUCAACCACACCAUGUUCAUCCUGGAGCAGGAAGAGUACCAGCGAGAGGGCAUUGAGUGGAACUUCAUUGAUUUUGGCCUGGACCUGCAGCCUUGUAUUGAGCUCAUUGAGAGACCAAAUAACCCACCAGGCAUUCUUGCCCUUCUGGAUGAGGAGUGCUGGUUUCCCAAGGCCACAGAUGUCUCAUUCGUAGAGAAACUGUUCAACACACAGGGCAACCAUACCAAGUUUGCCAAGUCUAAGCAGCUGAAGGACAAGACAGAAUUUUCCGUGCUUCAUUAUGCUGGGAGGGUGGAUUACAACGCUACUGCUUGGUUGACAAAGAACAUGGAUCCACUCAAUGACAACGUGACUGCUCUGCUCAACAGCUCCUCAAAUCCAUUCAUUCAGGAUCUAUGGAAAGAUGUGGACCGUGUGGUUGGCUUGGAUACAAUCGCCAAGAUGUCAGACAGCUCUAUGCCCAGUGCAUCCAAAACCAAGAAAGGCAUGUUUCGCACAGUGGGCCAGCUAUACAAGGAGUCUCUUGCCAAGCUAAUGACCACCCUGAAUAACACUCAGCCCAACUUUGUGCGGUGCAUCAUUCCCAACCAUGAAAAGAGGGCAGGGAAGCUGGAUGCUCAUUUGGUAUUGGAGCAGCUGCGAUGCAAUGGUGUGCUGGAGGGUAUUCGCAUUUGUCGGCAAGGGUUCCCCAACCGAAUUGUCUUCCAGGAGUUCCGGCAACGUUAUGAAAUCCUGACCGCAAAUGCUAUUCCUAAGGGUUUCAUGGAUGGAAAACAAGCUUGUUGCCUAAUGAUCAAGCACUUGGAUUUGGACCCAAACUUAUACCGCAUUGGUCAGAGCAAGAUCUUCUUCCGCACUGGGGUAUUGGCUCACUUGGAGGAGGAGCGUGACCUGAAGAUCACUGUUGUCAUCAUUGCCUUCCAAGCACAGGCCAGAGGCUACCUGGCCAGAAAGGCCUUUGCCAAGAGGCAGCAGCAGCUGACAGCCAUGAAGGUGAUUCAAAGGAACUGUGCAGCCUACCUCAAACUACGCAACUGGCAGUGGUGGAGACUCUUCACCAAGGUCAAGCCCCUGCUACAAGUUACACGGCAAGAGGAAGAGAUGAGCCUGAAGGAGGAAGAGCUCCAAAGAGUCAAAGAACAGGCGCAAAAGAGUGAAACAGAGCUGAAGGAGAUCACACUAAAACACACACAGAUGGUGGAAGAGAGAAACCGUCUACAGGAGCAGCUCCAGGCAGAGACAGAGCUAUACGCAGAGGCUGAGGAGAUGAGGGUACGUCUGGCUGCCAAGAAACAGGAGCUGGAGGAGAUCUUACAUGAGCUGGAGGCACGGCUAGAGGAGGAGGAGGACCGUGGACAGGCCAUGCAGGUGGAAAGGAAAAAGAUGCAGCAACAGAUUCAGGAUCUCGAAGAACAUCUGGAGGAGGAAGAAGAUGCUCGUCAGAAGCUACAGCUGGAGAAGGUGACUGCUGAGGCCAAGAUCAAAAAGUUGGAGGAUGAUGUCCUGAUCAUGGAGGACCACAAUAAUAAGCUGCUCAAGGAGCGGAAGCAGUUGGAGGAAAGGAUAGCAGAUUUCAGUUCCAAUCUGGCUGAAGAAGAGGAAAAAUCAAAGAACUUGACAAAGCUGAAAAACAAACAUGAAUCUAUGAUUUCUGAACUAGAGGUGCGCUUGAAGAAAGAGGAGAAGACCCGACAGGAGCUGGAAAAGACCAAGCGUAAGCUGGAAGCAGAAUCCAAUGACCUUCAGGAGCAGAUUGCUGACCUGCAAGCCCAGAUAGCUGAGCUGAAAGCCCAGCUGGCCAAAAAAGAAGAGGAACUACAAGCUGCACUGGCAAGGCUGGAGGAUGAGAUGGCUCAGAAGAACAAUGCCCUGAAGAAGAUCCGAGAGCUGGAAGGACACAUCUCUGACCUGCAGGAAGACCUGGAAUCUGAGCGUGCAGCUCGCAACAAAGCAGAGAAGACAAAACGUGAUUUGGGUGAAGAGCUGGAAGCCCUCAAAUCUGAGCUGGAGGAUACCCUAGACACAACGGCAACCCAGCAAGAGCUUAGGGCUAAACGAGAACAAGAAGUAACUAUGUUAAAGAAGGCAAUCGAGGAAGAAGCACGCUCACAUGAGGCACAAGUGCAGGAGAUGCGGCAGAAGCACACACAGGCUGUGGAGGAGCUGACAGAGCAGCUUGAGCAGUCUAAACGGGUGAAAUCCAAUCUAGAGAAGUCAAAACAGGCUCUGGAGAAGGAGACAUCAGAGUUGACAAUGGAGGUGCGCUCACUGACUCAAGCCAAGCAGGAGGUGGAGAAUAAGAGAAAGAAAGUGGAAAGCCAGCUGGCUGACUUGCAGUCCCGGUUCAAUGACAGUGAAAGACAAAAAGGAGAACUUGGAGAGCGUGUCUCCAAAAUUACUGUGGAACUGGACAGUGUGACUAAUCUUCUCAAUGAAGCAGAAGGCAAGAACAUCAAGCUGAGCAAAGAUGUGACCAGUUUGACGUCUCAGAUUCAGGAUGUACAGGAACUGCUAGCAGAAGAGACCCGCCAGAAGCUAAACUUCUCAACGCGACUACGUCAGAUGGAAGAUGAUAGAAAUGCACUGCAGGAGCAGCUGGAUGAGGAGGUGGAGUCCAAGAGGAUAGUGGAAAGGCAUGUCUCUACUCUCAAUGUGCAGCUGUCAGAGUCCAAGAAGAAGCUGGAGGAGUUUGUCAGCAAUGUAGAGCUCCUAGAGGAAAACAAGAAACGGCUGCAGAGAGACUUGGAGGCAGCAAACACACAGUUUGAGGAAAAGGCCUCAGCUUAUGAAAAGUUGGAGAAGACCAAGAAUCGUUUACAGCAAGAACUGGAGGACCUAUUAGUGGACCUUGACAACCAGAGGCAGCUAGUUUCCAACUUGGAGAAGAAGCAGAAGAAGUUUGACCAGAUGCUUGCUGAGGAGAAGAGCAUUUCCAACAAGUAUGCAGAUGAGCGUGAUCGUGCAGAGGCUGAGGCCCGAGAGAAAGAGACCAAGGCCCUGUCCCUUGCUCGGGCACUAGAAGAAGCCCAGGAGUCACGUGAAGAAUUGGAGAGAAUCAAUAAAGCCUUGCGAACAGAGAUGGAAGACCUGAUCAGCUCCAAGGAUGAUGUCGGAAAGAAUGUGCAUGAACUUGAGAAGUCAAAGCGUGGACUUGAGGCACAAGUAGAAGAGAUGAAGACCCAGCUGGAGGAGCUGGAGGAUGAGCUGCAGGCAGCUGAGGAUGCCAAACUUAGGCUUGAAGUUAAUAUGCAGGCUCUCAAAGCCCAGUUCGAAAGAGACUUGCAGGGCAGGGAUGAGCAAGGCGAGGAGAAGAAACGACAGCUGAUUAAACAGGUGCGGGAGUUGGAGUCAGAGCUGGAGGAUGAGCGCAAGCAGAGAGCCACAGCAUCAGCAGCCAAGAAGAAGUUAGAAGGAGAUAUCAAAGACCUUGAGGGUCAGAUCGAGACUGCCAACAAAGGCAGGGAUGAGGCUAUCAAACAGCUUCGCAAGAUCCAGGCCCAAAUGAAGGACUACCAGAGAGAACUGGAUGAUGUUCGUGCAGCCAGGGAAGAAGUGUUGGCCUCUGCCAAGGAAAGCGAGAAGAAAAACAAGAGUCUGGAGGCUGAGCUUAUACAGUUGCAGGAGGACUUGGCAGCAGCAGAGAGGGCACGUAAACAGGCUGAAGCUGAAAGAGAUGAAUUGGCUGAUGAACUGGCCAGCAACACAUCUGGAAAGUCAGCACUCUCUGAUGAGAAACGGCGCUUGGAAGCUAAAAUUGCUCAGCUGGAAGAAGAACUGGAGGAAGAGCAGAGCAAUAUGGAGAUGGUCAAUGACAGACUGAGGAAGAGUGUGCAGCAAGUUGAACAGCUGAACAAUGAGCUCCAGUCAGAGCGCACUACAGCUCAAAAGAACGAGAGUGCACGGCAACAGAUGGAAAGGCAGAACAAGGAUCUUAAAGCCAAACUCCAGGAGAUGGAGAACCAAGUGAAGUCCAAAUUCAAAGCCAGCAUCAUGGCUCUGGAAGCCAAAGUGCAACAGCUGGAGGAACAGCUGGAGCAGGAGAACAGGGAAAAGCAGACAUCUGCCAAGGCCUUACGCCAGAAGGACAAGAAGCUGAAGGACUUGGUGAUCCAGGUGGAGGAUGAACGGAAACAAGCAGAGCAGUACAAGGACCAGGCAGACAAGUCCAACUCAAGGAUGAAACAACUCAAGAGACAACUGGAGGAGUCAGAGGAGGAGUCUCAGCGUAUAACUGCUGCACGCAGAAAGCUGCAGAGGGAGCUGGACGAAGCCACAGAGGCCAACGAAGCACUGAACCGAGAAGUCAAUGCAUUGAAGAACAAGCUCAGGCGUGGAAACGAACCAUCCUUCACCAGUGCACCACGGCGUUCUGGAGGUGGGGGACGGAGAGGAAUGAUCGAUAACACAGAAGCUUCCGAAGAAGAUGCAGACUUACAGGGGGAUUUCAAUGGAACCAAGAGCGCCGAAUAAAGGACCCUAAACAAUGAUUCUUCAGCAGUGCCUUCUCAAUAAGUACUUUAUAUGUUGCCAGGCAGAUAUGCUUAGCAACAUAACCAAAUUAACACCUACUUAAUCUAUACUUUUCAACCACAAUUACGCACAGCAAACAAAAGAUAAGUGUCAGCCAGUCACAAAGAGUGAACAGAUCCCUCAGCUUUUCAGGGCAUAAUGUUAUGUCCUCAUUACCAAAAGGAAUGUGAAAGCAUGUGUUCUGUUGUCAAAAACAUUCAUUCUCAUUGGUUUAAGUGUUUGAGUUUUUGUUUGAUUUGUGCUGCAAUAUCCUGUACUGCACUCUAAAUUAUUACAUUCCUUCUGUGGAUUUUGUCAUUGACUUUAAUGAACGAUUACACCUGCCAGAUACAGCUGUGAUCACUUUGAUCUACAGUGACAUCACAGGGUCUGCUUUUGGUCGUUUCGAAAAACUUGCAGCCCGCUUACAGAGCAGUAGGUGAAACAGCCCAAUCAAUGCACUGCAAACUGAGGUAUGUUUUACUGUCUAUAUGUUGGUGGGUAUUUGUGAAAUUUUUAUAAUUUUUCAACUGUUGGAAGACCCAUAGUUAAUAGAGGAAUGUAAAUCCUUCGCUUCACUUUCUGUAACUGCUGUUUAACUGUCCUGACAAAGCAAAGCCAUGUCAGACUAGUUCAUAUGAACACUUUUGUCAUGGUUCAUCAAUGCUUCCUAAAUCUAACACCUAUUUUUCCAAAUAGAUUUGUUUCACAUUGUCUUAUUUCAUGGUGAAGCUGAUCAUUUUUAUCAUUACACUGGAUAAUGAAAAAUUAAAUCAGUUUAGUUGGGCACUCAUUGAUGUUCCAUAAUUUGUGACAAAUGGUUUUCAAACUCAGGAGGUCUGCUUAUAGAACUGUAGUAUAGCUAAUACCAAGAGAUCAUGUUACGGCCUUAAUUUGUGUGCACUUUGGCUUUCCAUUUCCUGUCUAAGCCUCUUAAAGGUACCAAUGUUUAUCAGUUAACAGUUUAAUAGAACAUCUGGUUUUAAAAAGCAGUUGGGAGAAAGUCCCUUUUGCAUAAGUUCUUGCUUAGAUUAUAGGUUUCUAUUGCUCACUUUAAUAGUAGUUUACUUCAAAAUGAGAAACUUGGAAUUUAGACUUUUUAAAGAUUAGUAUUGUGGACAGGUAUAACAGUGUAUACAUAAAGUGUAUGAAAAACAUGGAGUCCUUGGUUGUAAAUUUAGCAAAUCCAUAAAAUGAGAAUUACAGGUAAAACUAAAAAACUCCCCUGCAGUCUUUUUGAACAGGAAUUUUACAGAUGUAACUAUCCAACAGUUUAUAAAUGAAUACAAUUUUAGGUAUUUUGUAUUAAAAUAUUAGCAGCUAUUGCACAAAUUCAUGCACCAAUCACUAAAAGUUUCAGUUGGCAUAGUCCCACAUUUCAAUUAAAUUGAAAUCAAUGUGUUACUAGUUGCAAUAUAUUUGUGAAACCACUUGCACAUGAAAUAAAGUGUGUAAACACAA